GUUCCAUCGCACGGCGUUCGCUCUGUUUUAUUCGUUUUUUAUUUUGUUUGCGGUGCGCACACAUAGAGAUGUCGACUUUAAAUCGCCCCAAAUCUCCGCAUACGCCCACAGCCAUUAAGAAGGGCGAGAAGGAGGAUAGCAUCUGGGAAAAAUUCAGUACACUCGGUCGCAAACGCGGCACACGAGAAGUUAAGAAGCUCCAAGAAGAAGGAAAAUAUGCAAUCGAUUCGCCUGGCUCGCCCAAUCAAUUUGAUAUACCGCCCGAGGAUUAUGCGCUGCGUGAGCAUGAGCAACGCGCCGUGAUUGAUCCACAAUCGAUCAAUGAUCCAGAAAUGCUAAAGCUGCAAAGAAUUCUCAUCGAUUGGAUUAAUGAUGAGCUAGCGGAGCAACGCAUCAUUGUCCAGCAACUGGAUGAGGAUAUGUACGAUGGCCAAGUGCUGCACAAGCUGUGGGAAAAGCUAACGGGAAAAAAAUUGGAUGUACCAGAGGUAACACAAUCGGAACAGGGACAACACGAGAAGCUAAACAUUGUGCUUAAGGCCGUUAAUCAUACCCUUGGCUUCCAUCAGAAAAUACCCAAGUGGUCGGUGGCUAGCGUUCACUCCAAGAACAUUGUUGCCAUAUUGCACCUGUUGGUUGCUUUAGUGCGCCAUUUUCGUGCACCUGUGCGUUUGCCAGAGAACGUUUUCGUCACCGUGGUCAUAGCCGAGAAAAAUGCCGGUGUUCUGAAUGCACAGAAGUUCCAGGAGCAAAUCACCUCGGAAUACGAUGAUUUGGGUAUGCGCUGUGAAAAGGAUGCAUUCGAUACGUUAAUCGAUUGUGCACCCGAUAAGUUGGCCGUCGUAAAGAAAUCUCUAAUUACGUUCGUCAACAAGCACUUGGCCAAGCUCAACUUUGAGAUCAACGAUCUGAACACCGAUUUUCGAGAUGGCGUUUAUUUGUGCUUGUUGAUGGGACUCCUGGGCGGAUUCUUUGUGCCCCUCCACGAAUUUCAUUUAACCCCGCAGGAUGUUGACCAAAUGGUUAGCAAUGUUGCAUUUGCUUUCGAUCUGAUGCAGGAUGUGGGACUACCAAAGCCAAAGGCCAGGCCCGAAGAUAUUGUCAACAUGGAUUUAAAGUCUACGCUGCGUGUGCUUUAUAGCUUGUUUAGCACAUUCAAAGAAUUUGCCUAAAUGCCAACAUCUUUGCUACUUUUUCUCUUAAUUUCUAAUCAUUUUUGUUAUACAUAAAUUAUUAAUGCGUGCAUGUAGAUGCAAUUUAACUUUACCUAACUAUUUAUAUUUUAAUAUAUUUGUAUGUGUACGUGUGUAUGUGUGUGCAUCUAACACAUUUGUUAACUG